GCCUUUUUUUAGUAUUUAACGUAGUCAAGGAAAAGAAAUUAUACAUUACUUGGAAUCACUUCCUUCGAUCAUAGAAUGAGCUCACUUUUUACAAAGCACUUUCUACAGCCCAUCCGGCAAAACCCCACAUUGGGGUCUGUGCUGAGCACCGGUGCCGCGUUCGGCUUCAUAUACUGGUGGUACAGUACGUCGAUUCGCAGUACGCUGCUCCAAACCCAGAAUAAUUGCCAUAAAAUCGCAGAGAAGACUUUUAAGGAGUGCCGUGAGAUGGUCAAAAAUGUGGAAACGAACUGGGGUGUCGACAUUCGCUCGCGUGAUGCGCACGUUCGUCGGUUGGAAAUUCAGAACGUUGAGCAGACUCGCAGUGUAGCGCGUCUGGAGAUCGCUAUGAAGACCUGCUUGGCUCAUGAUCACCAUCGGGAGACCGGUGAAUCCUAAUUGAAAAUGGAUCAUAGUAUCAUACUAAACAAACAAAAAGGCAUCGGUUAUGGCGAUGCAGAAAUGUGAAUGAAAAAUGACAAUAAAGUAUACAGCUUGAAAUAAAGAGCAGAUGUGAUACCCUUUAGUGCUUUUGAUUAAAAGGGUAAGGUGAAAUUUAUUUAUGCUGAUCCUUAGGAAACAAGAUCUUAAUGGAUAUUU